AUGACCUUGCAACAAAUCUGUUUUCUUGGAGUUUGCUCCCGUGAUUUCGACUGUAUGCCGUCAAUAUUCAAGGAACCAGUGAUAGAACGGAGCGUUGGGUUUUCGAACACCAGCGUCGACGGUAGUGCCGUUUGCAGGCGCUCGUUGAGUUACGUGGAGAGCUCCGCUGCGCUGACGGAGUCGAGACCGGCUGACACGAGCGGCGCGUCAGGUGAGACAGUGGUGCCGGAUAUGGUCCCACCCUGGAGCUCUUGUGCGCGCAAAACGGAUGGCCUGAUGCGGCUUCUCUCUGAAACAAUUUAUACAGCCAUCCAAAAUCUCUGCAGAUCGCCGAUAGUCGAAAGGCGUGACAUCAGUGCCGGUUGGUCGUUAUGUUCACGAGGAAGUGUUGGCCCUCUUUUUUCGCGCUAUCAAUCGCGAACCCUCCAGAAAUUUGACUUGUGCAUCACAACACGCAUCAGCCUAACCUUGGCUCUGGAUGAGAGGAAGUCUUCGAAGACAAAUGAGUCCGGUCUCUUGAGGGACCCCAAAUCCUGUCGGGGAGUGCACAGGCCAACUGGCUGCUUUCCACAGACAAUUGGCAUCGAGGCAAUGUUUCAGGAGGCAUCUCAAAUCACGAGGACACAAUCGAAAACAAGUGCACGUUCAACCUAUCGUGUUCGGGAUCCGACAAUUCCAACGCCAACGGCAAGCAGACAGCUUGAGCUGCGCGUUGAUAGCGACAACGGACAUACUCAAGGGAACAAGCGCGAGAGACGCCAACCCAGCGGCAGCCGCCGAUGGCUCCAGCUCGACGCACACAGCGUGGAAGUCGUUGUUUCGAGAACCACCAUCAUUUGUGGGUUCAUGCCUGACGACUCAAUCCUCGAGAUUCCAAAAGCGGUUGGAUCUGAUGAAAACACGGUGAAGGACCCGUAUGUGGCGGAUGGAUGGGAGGCGCCCUGCAUAUUCUACCAGCGCGAAAUAGGCACAGCAGAAUUUGCCACUAGAGCAAGGGUCACGAGGAGCGUCGGCGCAAAUUCUGUGGCGAAUCAUUCGGUAAGCACGCUCGCAAACUCUGCGGCCGCGACCGAAUCCAUCCCAGCGGCCAUUAGCGGCGAGUUCGUGGCAACGGUCGUGCCGAGCACAUCAAACAGCAACGCUGAGAUAGUCGCAGCCGUAGGGAAGGGCUCGGAGAACGGUCACUGUGCAAUCUCGCAAAAAAAUACAUUUUGCCUGAUUUCUUACCGUGGAUUCGCCUCCCUACCGGCCUCCAACGAGGCUGCAAUGGAACGCAACGAUGGGCUGUCAAACAGCAGUGUCGACGGGAGCCGUGUUCGGAGCCGUUCACUGAGUUGUGUCGAGAGCUCCGUGGCUCCGACAGAGUCGAGACCAGCCGAUAUGAGUGGUACGUCAGACAAGACGGCGGUACCGCUGAGGUCGAUCACGAUUUUUGAUGCAGACCCGAUCUUCAAAAAACUUUAUCCGUCCCCGCUUUUGAAACGCGCAGUCACUCUGCAUUCAAAUGAUCAAAAUGCGACAAUUAAAUACAAGUGCAUGGCUGGAAAUGCGCAAGGGCCACAUGGCACCAACGCAUGCGCAAUCGCAAUCCAACGCCAGAUAUUGCAUCCCGGCUUUAUGUCUCCCAAUAAGCAAAAUUGCUGCCAGCCUCCAGAUAUCUUCAGUUUCUCCGAAGUUUUUGCGAAUACGUGGAAUGGCUACCCGCAACGUGAGUCACAAAUAUCCUCGAGUCUUCUUUCGUUGCGCUCUCUAUCGCAAACGCUCCAGAUGCCUGUCGUGAGUAUCGCAGGGCGCAUCAGGUCGAAUCGGUCCCUGGGAGAAAGCCUGGGAGAAAGCAUGGUCGUAAGAACUACACGGCAAGGAGAGCUUGUCUCGGUGACCCAGAUGUGCUUUGAGGGAGGCGCCCAAGACUUCGCUUUUGGGGCACAACACCUUCAUCGCCGCCCCUACCUAAGUUGGCGCAUAUCAAUAGAAAUUCGGACGUUGACGUGGAGACAACCUCGAUGGGAUCACCAAGAGCCGUUCCGGUGCCAUGUGCUUCCAGAGCUAUCUGACCUCCAGUGUUACUUUGCACGGAACAUAUCAAUCAGCGCUAGGAUGACCCAUUUGGAGCGGUCAGGCUUGCGCUAG